AUGCCGAUCAAGUCUGAGCAAAGCCGUGUCUCGUGGAGAAGCGACCCUAGGAUGGCACUCUAUCAUAAUAUUGAAGACUGCCAAGAGGUUUCUAGCCAAAGCUCUGAGAAAGAUGAACUGAAGGAGUUCCUCAACACUAUAGCUUAUAGUCCAGAAUUUCUCGACACUGCGGAUGUGCCUGCCUUCCUAGCGCAGCAGAUUGGUAAAACCCUCUUCUCAUUUCUCCUUCGACGCCCGGACGAGGUGCCUGAUAUUGACCAAUCGCCCUCGUCUAUUGGAAAUUAUAGGGAUUUCCAGCCUUCGGCAGCUAGGAGCGAAUAUACGGGAUAA